UUAUUAUUGAAUUUCUCAUCUUAGUUUUGUAUUCCUUUUUUCUUUCUCUUCCUCUAUUCAUUUUUUAGUUUUAUUUUUCAAUAAUGUCGUAUACUGAGAAGGAGUACUUUGCGCCAGCACCAACCACCAUCCGCGGCCAGCCAGUCCGGCUUUCCGCGUCUCCGCAAAACGACCUGUUCACCUAUGCCAGUGGCAAAACAAUCAUCAUCCGGUCACUCGCGGACCCAAGUAAAAGCUCCGAAUACACCGGGCAUACGCAAGCCACCACCAUGGCACGGUUCUCCUCCUCCGGCUACUACAUAGCAUCCGGGGAUGCCCAAGGCAAUGUGCGUAUUUGGGAUGCCAAAACACACACACUGAAAAGCCAGUUCCGACCAAUCUCCGACCGCAUUAACGACCUGGGUUGGGACCACGAGAGCCAGCGGGUGAUGGCGGUUGGCGAUGGAAAAACAAACUUUGGGCAUGUGUUUUUGUAUGAUUCUGGAAAUACCGUUGGAUGCAUUGAGGGGCACAGUCGGAGGAUCAACGCCUGUGCUUUGCGCCAGCGCCGGCCGUUCCGUGCUGUCACUUGUGCGGAUGACGGAAAGUGUGUGUUUUACUUUGGUGCGCCCUACAAGUACAACCGCGCGCUAACGGAGCACAAGGGGUUUGUGCAUGAUGUCAGGUAUUCGCCAGACGACGAAAUGUUUGUCUCGGUCGGCGCCGACCGCUGCAUUUUCCUGUAUGAUGGGAAAACCGGCGACGCCAUCCGCCAGGUAGCCAAGACGGACAAGGAGGGUGCGCAUACGGGUUCGAUUUUUGCAGUGGCUUGGAGUCCCGAUGCAAAAAUGCUGGUGACAUCGGCGGCGGAUCGCACGUGCAAGUUCUGGGACGUUGCCGCGGAUGCGCUUAUUGGAACCGUGUGCAUGGGUGAUGAGGUCGGUGACCAGCAAGUGGGCAACCUGUGGGCGGGCGAGCACAUUAUUUCGCUCUCGCUCAGCGGCAACAUCAACAAGCUGCAGGUGGGCGUUGAUGCGCCGGUUCAGGUAAUCACAGGACAUCAAAAAACCAUUACGGCAGCGGUGCUGACUGCAGAGAAAGUGCUGUACACUGGGAGCUACGAUGGAAAGCUAUGCACGUGGGAUUUCUCUAAGGACCAGGCUUGUGGGUCGGCAGUAGCUGUUGAUGGGUCGACUGGGGGUGCACGGCUGGACGCUGCUGCUACUGAUGCAUCCUCCAGCGUGGUUGCACUGGGGUUUAUGGAUAAUUCGCUACGGCUCGCGAGUGAUUUGAAGAUUACCGCGUCUGUGGCAUUGCCGGCGGAGCCACGGUCGCUGGCCAUGGUGUCUUUGGAGCUGACCCUGGCGGUGCUGCUGAACGACACGCUGGUUGCAAUUGCCAGCGACGGACAGCAGCAGCAGUGUGCAGGGAUUCUCAUUCCAGACAGCCAAUCUGCGCCUAAAGCGGUUGCGCACUCCAACGGUCUCAUCGCUUUGGGGUUCCAUGACGGCACUGUGCGCACAUACACUCUGAGUCAAAACAAUAACGGCAACACAGGAAGCAUGCUGCAGCUGCUCCCGACCGGUACAUUUAUCGAAGGUCACAACAGAGAAAUCACCGUGUUGGAGUUCAGCCCACAGGGCGGUGUUCACCUGGCAUCGGGAGAUGCUGGUGGAAAAAUAUUCGUGUCCCAGGCAAAGGACGGCGCGUUGGUGACGGCACGCUGGGGGUCGCAUACUGCGCGGAUCUACGGGAUCGCCUGGUCACCCUCAGGUCUGCACGCCGCGUCGGCAUCCUUGGACGGCCACUUGAUCAUCUGGAGCAUCGAGCGGCCGUUGAAGAACAUCCAACUGCGGAACGCGCAUUUGGGCGGCACCACAUCCGUACACUACCUGUCGGAUACGCGGGUGGUCAGUACGGGAGCUGACGGUGGAGUUAAAGUGUGGGAAAUCACAAACCAUUAACACUUUAUUUUAUUAAUUUUAAUG